AUGAGGUUUAGCAGGAGGAUGAUUUGCUCCGCCUGGGGUUGCUUCAAUCUAGGCCUGGGGGCAGCGUCUGGGCGGGCUGACGCCACGGAGCGGCCGGACGAGGAUGAAUACUGUUUGCAUCCCUUUUGGCCGUACACGGAGACAGAGAGCAAGAGAGAGACAGAGCUUGAGAAGAUUCAGAUCUUUGUGAAAACGGUAACCGGGAAGACCAUCACCCUUGAGGUUGAAUCUAGUGACACUAUCGACAAUGCGUGUCAAGGCCAAGAUCCAGGAGAAGGAAAGUAUCCCCCGGACCAGCAGAUGCUCAUUUUCAUCGGAAAGCAGCUCGAGGAUGGUCGUACUCCUGCUAAUUACAACAUUCAGAAAGAAUCAACUCUGCAUUUGGUUCUGAGGCUUCGUGGUGGUAUUAUCGAGCCUUCUCUCAUGGCAUUGACUAGAAAGUAUAACCAAGAGAAGAUGAUCUGCCGCAAGUGUUAUGCACUCCUUCAUUGCGGUGUUGUCAACUGUAGGAAGAAGUGUGGACACAACAACCAGCUAGUUGAGGCGAAAGAAGAAGAUCAAGUAGACAUUGAUUGCGUUGGGGGAAUGCCAUGUCUUUUUACAUCAUUGGCUUCUGCAUUUGAUCCUGUUCAAUUAAAUUAA